UCAAAUGACCUGUGUACGGAAGUACAUUACCCAUAUUGCCAUCACCGCCUCGCCUUGUCUCAACUCCGGGCCAGUUUGAUCUUUGAUAUACCGCCCAACCUCAAGCAAAAGAAGUCUUUGCCUUUUGUUUCUGCACUACUACUCUCUCUCUCUCUCUUUCUCAACCUCACGUUUCAUGUAUGGGUAAUACCGCAUUGAACUGCCAUCACGAUGAUACCUUCUCUCCUGGGCACCAACAUGGUUGGUGUACCUCAGCACCAGGUCUCGGGCGGGGCGUACACCUUCGACACGAUGCUCAGCGAGCUCUCAAGGCAGCUCGCUGGGAACACGAGACGGUAUUCAAGAUCGUCGAACGGACAGCAACGGGUGAUGGGAAAUGCCAUGAGGAUUGCGAAGCCUGGCAGUGCUAGCAAUAGCCCAAGGUCAUCGACGCUGCAGUCACGGAGGAGGACACUGGUCGGGGAUGGCUUUCAGGGUGGGCUUCACACACCGUCUCCGGCAGCGGACAACUACCUCCCAACUCCGUCUUCAGAGGCUGCGAGCGACGUCUUCUUCGAGCGUGGCACCGCUACCCGACCGGCACGCCCCCUUAGCUGGCACCCGUCGUCCCAGGGCGCUCCGUCCUCUCAGCACCUGAACAGCAACGACUGCGCCAUGCUCCACCCUUACCCGCCCCACGGCGACAUCGACAUGCUGGCAAGCCUCCAGCACCUUCCACCAACACCCGUAGGGGUCUACUCGGGGUACACGUCGCCCGCGGAGUCCUUCUCGCCGCUCUCGCUGCCUUACUCGAGCUUUAGCUCCUCCUCUCGACCAUUCUGCUCGCCUGUGAGCCAGCCUGUACCGAUUCCUCAGCAGCAGCAGCAACCGACUCCAGCAUUUCAUCCCGCAAAUCCGUGCGCCGACUACCCCCCUUCUACCGCCUCUCUCGCCGAGAUCCCCUAUCUACCUCCUUUGUACGGCGCAGGCGAGAACGGCCCCCUUGCCUGGGAGGCGUAUCAGCCCUACCCAGCCAACACCGCACCUCCCACGCCAGAGGACCUGGCCUGCGGCGCCCUUCCCAUCACCCGCCCAAUGGUGGACACGAUAUUCCACCAACAGCAGCAACAACAGCAACAGCCACCCGCCGAGCAGGAGCCCUUGACUCAACAGACAACAUAUCGCCAACCGCUUAUCAUCCAUGACGACGACAACAUCAACAAUUCUGACGGAGAAGGCGAGAUUCUCUACGGCAUGGGCCUCUACGACGCCCCGGACCACGGCAAGGAGCCUUCGUCCAAGACGCUGCACCGGUCUGUCGUGCUCUCCCUGCUGGGGGGCACCAGGGAUCCCGAGGAUGAUGGUGAGGAGAAUGAGGAGGAGGAUAACAGCGGUAAGGGGCUUGGGCUCAAGCUUGAGGAUGCUUGGGAACCGCCUGCCAGUGAAGAUGAGGGUGAGGAUGAGGAGCGAGGGGGACAGGGUGAGGAUGAGGAGUGAGAUCCCGCGCUGGGUAACAAGUGUGAGCGGAUGGUUGAUCUUCUCUUUAGUUUGGUUCGCUUUGAUCCACUUUGGAUUGUCCGUGUUGAUCGUGUACUUGCAUUGGUAGCGAGGCGUUGUGUCGGGCUCAGGUUGAGGGGGUUGGUUAAUGGGCGCGGGGAUACAGCAACCGUGGGUUGGGACAUGGACACGGGCACGGGUACAGGUACGAG